AGUCGAAGCUGUGGGGGGAGGGUCACGUGUGUAUACACUGUAGGGUUCAGUACCACUCAAUUCGUAGUAAGUCGUCAACGUCCUCCCCUUUCGAGAACAAGCGUCGUCGGACGAGAAACGAAACAGUAUUGCUAAAUGCAGCUGUAGUCUAACGCUGGCUACUCAUAUCAACUUGCUUACACAAAAGUAAUAGAUCUAUAACUCUAUACGGGUUUAGUGUUUUGCUGGAAUAUAAAAGGAUACGACAUUUGUUCCAAGUCAUCACCAAAUGUAACUGAGAAAUGUCAGUGGAAGUACAGCAAAAUCCGAUGCCUCCGUAAACUUGUUGCUGUGCCAAAUCUGUACUUUUCUGCCAACCCUGUGCACCAGUGCAGACCUCCCAAAGCCCUAGCAAUGUGGAGCUGUAUGGCUUACAAUGAAUCGGACUCCAGCUCGGAACACCGGCUUUGCCAGGACUUUGGCCUCAUCCUUUCCGUCUUCUCCCUGUUCUACCUCAUGGUGUGCUUCCCCGUGGGGCUCUGCUACAACGCCCUGCUGGUGGUGGUCAACCUCUCCAACAAGGUGUCCAUGACAAUGCCGGACGUUUACUUCGUCAACAUGGCCGUCGCCGGCCUGGUCCUCAACCUAGUGGCCCCCGUGGAGCUGCUGGGCCCCAGCUUUACCCGCUGGCCCGUGUGGGAGUACAACAACGAGGUCUACAUCACCCUGCUCAUCCUCUUCAACAUAUCCUCCCUGGUCAUCAUGUACUCCACCACGCUGCUCAGCCUGGACUACUACAUCGAGCGGGCGCUGCCGCGCACCUACAUGUCCAGCGUGUACAACACCAAGCACGUGUGCGGUUUCAUAUGGGGCGGCGCCGUGCUCACCAGCUUCUCCUCGCUGCUGUUCUAUGUGUGCAACCACGUGUCCACCAAGAUCAUGGAGUGCUCCAAGAUGCAGAACAAGGAGGCGGCGGACGCCAUCAUGAUGUUCAUUGGCUACGUGGUCCCGGCCGUGGCGGUGUCGUAUGCUUUGGUGCUCAUCCUGCGCAUUAGGAAGGAGUCCACUCCACUGGACCACGAAUCAGCCCGCCUGGACCCUUCUGUCCACAGGCUGCUGCUGGCGUCUGUCUGCAUGCAGUUUGUCCUGUGGACCCCAUAUUACAUGACUCUCCUGGUGCACACUAUAGCCGGGGCGCCGGGUGGCUACAGUAACAACGGCACGCAGCGCCAGACAAUAUACUUCUUCCUGAGGUGUCUGUCAGAACUUUUGGGCUUCUCCAGUAGCUUUGCCAUGCCUCUCAUGUAUAGGCAGAUGAAUACAAACUUCUCCCAUAAGCUGCAACGCCUGCUGAAGAGGCUGCACUGCAGGGACACGUCCUGCACCCACGAACGUACCGCAGGGCAGCAGGUGGUGACGUGAAACAGGGCCUGGCCUUACUAACUCCCAGCCUCUUAGCCAGCCUGCACUUAUCACCAAUCCAAUAGAACCAGCAUCACAUGUUCUGAGAAGUCAGCCACAGGUCUGCCGCUGUCACUCUGACCGGAGUAUUGACUUAAAAUUAAAUUAACCUUCUUUUACUUUUUAGAACUUUAUUUGUCAGUUCCUGUAGCAAGAGGACGGAUGAAGCAGAAACCACUAAGUGCUGCUUAUUUGUGUGUGUGUAGUCAGUAGCAAAGUUCUUGCUCUGGACACUCAGUCAUUAGAAUGGGGAGAAAAUCUUCUAAUGUCCACAGGGAUAUGUACCGACACGAGCAAGUCUGUAAGUGCAAACAAACGCUUAAAAACUAAAACGAUUCAUAAAACAAUUGUUUUUACAUCUCAUAAUGUCGUACAAUGUACAAUCAGCAUGUUACUACCAUGCUUGUAGCCUGUAGGGAUUGGAAUGAACACUGAUUAUGACCCUGUCAGACCACCCAGUUUCCAGGAGCCUGAGGCCAUGUCUCAUUGGAGACUUCCUGUCCUGCCCCAGCGACAACAUAGGGAUGUGUCUGAAAUGGCACCCUACAACCUGUUGAGUUCACUACAUUUGACUCGAGCCCUACAUGAAAUGAAGUGCACUGUGUAGAUCACUGGGUGCGGUUUUGGACAAAGCAUUUGUCUGACUUCCCCUGUCUGUCCAUUUCCACUGUCUUGAAUACUGUUCACAUUCAGUAUAUUACACAGUACAAUACAUGUACCUCAGUUCACGCCUGUACGGCAUUACAAAAGAUUCUAAUGAACUAUGAGUGUUUUCCACCGAAUUUAAGUCAUGGCCGACCUGCCGCUAGUGUCCUAGAAUGGUGUCACAUAAAUGCCUUCACCAGCAUCUAUAAUAACACCCAGUCAUUGUGUGGGGAGCUCAGUUCAUGAGACUUCUAAAAGUUGUGUUGAGGCACACAAGUGACCUGUACAUCUGCUUCACAAUCUUGCUUAUUGAUUGUUCCGCUAUAUAAUGAGCUGUCAGAAUCUGUCAUUCUGUGAUGAUGUCCGUUAUUGCGUGUGAAAAUGUUAUGCUAUGAAGUGUACUCUUUGUUUCUAGUAUAAAAUGUUUAGUUAGCGCUACUUAAAGACAAUACAAGAAUAAGCUAUAAACCAUUGGUUACACAGGUUGCUAAUUGCUAAUACGUGUUUAUGCAGACCAGUAUAUAAGUAUUGACUCAUUAUGACUUAACUGCAAGACCAAGAAAACACCGGGGCCAUACUUGUGAACUUCUGCUAGAACCAUUGGUUCAAAACCAUUGGUCUGAAAUGGCUAGCUGCUAGUUUCUUUUUAGAGGGCAGCAUAGUAGAAUUAGCCAUGCUGCUGGGGCUGAGUGAAAAUACUUUCAAUUUUAUAUAACAAAAUUAGGAAUUAACCCACCAGACGCUUUAAAUGCUAUUCAAAAGGUUUUGACACAUUUGUUAUGCAAGUCAAUUUGUUAUACAUGUUAAAAUAUGAUAUGAUUAUUAUUGUUUGUAGCAGUGUGUUUGUUAGGUUACUUUUUCCACUGAAAUACCUUAAUGGACUGCAUGUUGUGAAACAAAUAUAGAGAACUAUGUACUUUAUAUUUUGAGUUAAUUAUCCUGAGACAAAGCUUUUAGUUGUGUAGUUAAUUUGGCUACCAGAAAAUGCUAGUAAUUUUUUUUUAAUUAGACAUUUUUAAUUGGCUGAUAAGAAUUUUGUUACCAGAUAUUAGGAUCUGCUGAGCUGGUUGGCCCCUAUCAAUCAUUUGAACCAAUGGCUUUAGGGAAAGUUCACAAGUGUUGCCCACUUUCAUGGCUAGGAAUCCCAAACAAUUUGACUUCAGCAUGUUAAUCAUUAUUCAAGCUCUGAUCAAAGUCCUAAUUCAUUACAGUGAUGAGGGAUAAACAUUUCACAUGCAACCCAGAAACCAGCAACAAAACAUAUUACUAAUGUCUAGACUUAUAUUGUCCAAUUGUAAUUCAAAGCUACAUGUUUAAAUUAUGGUAGAGUUCACUGAAAAGACACAGGCCAAUAAAGUUCACAUUGAAAAACUGAAAUAUGACCAGGCCUCACAAAGACUGACGCCAGUUAUUGCACUGGGGACGUAGUUAUCAGUAACAUAGUGCUGACCUAAAGCACCCUGAUCAUGCUACACUUCUCCAACCAAGAAGACCAGGAAAGUUUAGGAAUGGGAAAUGGAAAAAUGUAUUCUAGUUUUUCCCCAUAACAUAGUUUAAUUCAGUUUUUAUGACAUCUUUGAGAAGUAACAACAAUAAAAAAUAAAAAUUACACAUGGACAAAAUUUGACAAUUUCAUUAUCAUGUUAAAAGAUCUCUGAUCUCUCAGAAAGUCAUACCAAGCAAUGGAAUAUUUUGUAAUACAUGUUCUGUGAACUUUUCUAUGAACUCUAGGAAAAACAUUUAAAAUUGCAAAAACUAGUUUUAAAGCUUUACAAAUUUCUCUUCACCACAUGGCAAGACACAUAGAAAUGCCAGAAAUGUGUUUUAAAAUUUCCACUGUGGCACAAAAAAAUCCUAGAAAAAACACUGAAUUCUCACAAUGUCAAUCUGCAUUUUAGCAUGAACACAUUCUGUCUGCCUUUUUCCUCCCAUAUACGUUGAGCCAUAAUAAUCCACUAAAAUGAAUAUAUAUUUUUUGAAAGUACCAGUACUGUAUAUUUUGAGUAUGUAUUCUUUUAAAUCCAACUAUAUAAGCAGAGAUGAUUAUUUAAUUCCAUUAGGUUUAGUUCCAUACCAGAAAGCCUCACAGGUCAUGAUCAAUCCAAUUUCGGAUUUUAUGCUUUUGUGACCCUGUAUAUACCAGUGUAUGUAAUUUAAUGUGAAUACAUUGUAUGUUAGAAAUUUACUGGAAAAACACGAUGCCCUUUAGGAAAUGCAAUGUUCUAUUCUCAGAGAUGUAUUUAGAUACAUGUAGUGUCAGUAAUAUUCUUUAUUAUCUUUUGGGUCAAAGACUGAUUCAAGACUGAACUAACAUGGGAAUUAAACACAAUGCCUGUUA